AUGGCUGGUUUAGUCUCCUUUGUGGGUUGGGUGGUGAUGCUCAAGGCUCUUGUGCAUGCCCAUGGCCAGCGUGCUGUGUUUCUGGGGAUGACACUCUUGGUAACAGUGAUCGCAGCUGACUCACCUAUUGCAGAUGAGUCUGUGUUGGACUCCAAACACCACCCCAUUGGAUAUCCUGGAGAUGUUUCAAGCUCAACAGGGUCAUCACCAGCAGCCUUACCAGCCUCAGAUCAUACUGCCUUUGAGAGCCCAGACUCACCUGGUGCCCUGCUAUCCAUUUCUGAACCAAACCAUGACAUUAAGACUGCAGACAUCCCACAUUUUCAGUGGGGACUUUUUGCUUCUGAAAACUCCAAAUCUGUUACAGCUAAUGACCCCAUUGCAGAAGAAGCAUAUCCUCUUUCCACUCCGUCAUUAAGCACCUCCAGACCUGUGUUGGAGUCGAUUCCACAAGUCGAGGCACCAGUUAAACCCUCUACAAACUGGAAGCUUGCCAGGACAAAUUCUGCAAAGCAGUCUUCCUCUUCCUCGCCAGCACUUACAAAAUCCCAGCUGCAGUCUCAGUCAAAUAUAUCCAUAACACCAUUAAGCCCCUAUGCUGUUACAAGGUCAGCAACACCUCUGCUAGGUCUUACUUCUGAACAGAAAGUAACUUUCAGCAAGCAACAGAAUGGUGCAUCAGAACAAACACUGGCAGUAAUGACCUCACUUCCUGAUCAGCCUCUUGAGUCCCCUAAACUGGCUUUCACUGACUUUCUGGCAGAUGAAUCUUAUAAUAAUAUCCUGGAUGUGAACCAGCUGAGCCCCAGCAGUGCCCCCUUGGACGAGAACAAACCAGCACAUGACAUAGAAAUGCUACCCAACCCACAUGAGAUUUUGGGCCCUGGCUACAAUGUGCCUUCCCUCUCCCCCCUCUCUACUUUCCCUUCAUCUGAACCCACUGAGGUCUCUCCAGAGGACUUCUACCCCACCAACACCAUGGAAUUGGACUGGGGGUCUGGGGACUACUUGGAAACAAUGUCAUUCUUAAAUUCCGAUGGAGAGGACUACUCUCUGGUAACCAAGGUGCCAUCUGACUCGUAUGAUCUGGAGGACUAUACAGAAAGCUAUGACACAUCCUUCCCUUCCAGAGUAGGCAUAUCCCUUACAUCCUUGAAUCCUCUUCAUGUCUCACCUUCUCCCAGCCUCAUGACAGCACCUAGCACCACUCUUGCACUAAAAUCCAUUUAUCCCUCCCCUUUUUCUUCUUCAAUUCACUAUUUAAUGGAACCUACUCCCACAUCUAACAGUGAUGUACCCGACGCAUCAGACAUAGAUUGGCCCGAUACUUUCACAAUUCAACCCACAGAUGUCCUCUUACCUGACAUGAACAGCUUGGAAUAUUACACCACUCAGUUGACCAAGGAGAACAACAGUUCAGGCACUGCUGAACACAGAGGGAACAUUACCAUGGUGCCCAUCAGUGCCACAGACAUCACACCCACCAGCAGCUUUACCAAUGAUACCAAACUGACUGAGGACGAGUACUCCAGUGAUUUGUCAGGGUUUGAGCCUCAUGAUGAAUCAACGACAGUAGUAACCACAGAGGAGAGCCCUCAGCUGGUCAAUGCCUCUGAGCCUUUUCUGGAUCCUUCCAUAGUCCCAACCCACUUCUUUGAUCCCUCUUCGUCCAACUGGGGUAAUCAAGUGUCCACUACAGAUUGGUCUGCAGCUACACUAACUGUAGGCCUGGACAGCACUGCAUUAAAAGAUGCUACGCUACCCAGUGCCACACCUUUGCUGCCGGAUGAUGUAAUGUCUUCAUCUUCUCUGACAGAUGUCCAUUGGUUUGUUACAGAGUCAUUUCAGCAAAAUACCAUACAUGCCACUCCUGUCUUAACUGCAACCGUAGCCUUCUCCCAUGUUGAACCUGAAACUGCUGACAACACCACUGCUGGUACAACAGAAUUCACUCCCCAAGACUCUGCUAUUACAACUCAACAAACUCUCAAUAUCACUGUAGUUUCAACUGAACCCAUGUCUAAUGUUACUUUGGUCCCCCCAGACGUGCUGGGUGAUCAGGGGGGGACUGAAGAUGGAGUUGACAUCCCAGCCACAAUGACCUUGAUUCCAACUAGCAGUGAAGCUAAUACAGUCUCUGCUGUACCCGCAACUACAACUGCCACCCCUACUUCUCAUCAAGCCACAACUAGAAAUACUGCCACCACUGAAGCCUCAACUAGUGUCAACAUCAUCUCUGCCACUAGUGGAAAGAGCACAAGUACAGUGACAAUAUCAAAACAGUACCUCUGCAACCUUGAAAGGCCUGCUUAUUUGGUAAAAAUUGGUUUUCCUUCUGGGGCCACUGUUGGAUAUGCCAAAUCUCAAGUGAGAGACAUCCUGAAAGGGGAAUUCAACAAGUCUGUGGAGCUGCAGGUUGUGGACCCCCCACCAAAGUUUGUGUUUCGGCUGGUAUCUGGUCCAGUUGUGUACACAGCCAUAUCUGUCAUCAAUGCUCUGCGAAGGUCUGGGCGCCGCUUCCUGUCUGUGUCUCCCAGCUGGACAACACCAGAUCGUAAAUAUCAAAUCCACACAGUGCUACAGUUUGUUCCCAGUCACAUAGAUGUGCGGUUCUGCAACUUCAGUGAGAGCAUUGAGAAAGGUUUGACUAUGGCUUUUGCAGAAGUGCGUCGGCGCUCAAAGGAGUCAACCAACUUCACAGUGCAUAUUGUAAACAUCACCAUGGCUGCUCCUAAAUAUCAGGGACAACAGCUAGUGAGGCAGCCGGUGGACAUCACCUUCACUGUGCGCAGUUCAAGAGGUUAUGUGAUGGGCUCCGAUGUCAGCAGUGCUCUGAUGAAGCUCACAGUGGUGGAAUUCAGCUACUACAUGGGCUUUCCUGUACUGCAGAUUGCUGAACCUUUCCAUUAUCCAGAGUUGAACACCAGCCAGUUGCUUCGCUCCUCCUGGGUUAGAACAGUGCUACUGGGUGUGCUGGACCAGAAAGUGGGUGAGAGGACCUUCCAAGCCAGUAUGGAGCGGCGAGUGGCCAUGUUAGUCGGGGAGGCGAUGGGAUUAGUCAGACGUGUUAAGAGAGCCACCACCAUAGGCAACAGCAGCGUUCAGGUUGUAAGUGCGAGCCGGCUGGUGGGUGUGGACCAUCCCUUGGAGCUAGUAUAUUUUGUGGAGGGUCCCAGUGGUCAGAGGAUGCCUGCAGUUCAAGCAGCCAACCUACUCAACAGCAUGGAUGUUCAAAGGGCUGCCAUCGUCUUGGGAUAUCGUGUCCAGGGCAUCUUGGCACAGCCUGUAGAGAAGGUGGCGGCCUCACCCUCUGACACUGAGAACACCAACAUGUGGAUCGUCAUCGGGGUGGUGAUUCCCCUCCUCGUGGUCAUCGUCAUCAUUUCCAUCCUGUACUGGAAACUGUGUCGGACUGACAAGCUGGAGUUCCAGCCAGAUGCCAUGACCUCCAUCCAGCAGAGACAGAAGUCUACUACCUCAUUCAGAGAAUCAAGGACCUCCCUUCUGCGGACACUCCCUCCAACUAAAAAGGAUAUAGAUUUUAGUGAGCAGGAGUACGAGGAGGAAGAAGAGGAGUAUGAGGAAGAAGAAGUGGAAGAAGAAGAGAAGGAGUUUAAAAGAGGGAAGAGGCCAGUAGUUCUUCCCAAGAGCAAACACAGUAUGAGCAGUGAGGAGGAAGAAGAGGAGGAGGAGGAAGAAGAAGAGGAGGAGGAGCAGGAGGAGGAGGACAAUGACGAAGAUGAAGACGACGAGGACAAAGAUGAAUGCUUGAAAAAGAAAGGAAUUAAAUCAGAAGAGCAAAGAAGAGAAGGGAGCAAAGCAAUGAUAAUGAAAACAGGGGAGAUGAAGAAAGAAGACAGAAUGAAAGUGUUAACUAAAGGGAGGAGAGCCAAGGAGGAGUUGCAGGCUCCCAGUGUAAAAGGGUUUGACUUUGCCAAGCUGCACCUUGGCCAGCAGAGUAAGGAUGACGUCAUGGUGAUUCAGGAGCCCGUCCCACCAGGGCCUGGCCCCGGUCCCCUGCCUGUGUCCAUUAAAGACGUUCUCAGCCCAUCUGAGAAUGGGGAGAUUCUCACUCCUGUAUCUAAAAACUCUGCCUCCUCCACCAAGGCGUCCCGCAGCGGUCGAAGGCGAGGAAGGAUCUCGCCAUCUGACGGUGAUUCGGUGGUAAGUGACCGUUCCAGCGAGCGGGAAUCAACUGAGGAGAACCUGAGAGCCCACGCCACGCCCAGCGACAGCAAGCAGACUCGUAAGGUCCCCAUCAAUGUUUUAAAUGGCAAGAAUAGAAUUGGUCCUCCUCCUCUUAACAGUACAAAUGAGCAGCUGUCCUCAGCCUCCAUCUUUGAACAUGUUGAUCGGAUGUCUCGUGCCGCAGAUGCAAGCAGGAGGCUCCCCAACAAAGUCCAGCUUAUCGCCAUGCAGCCCAUGCCUGUCCCACCACUGCACAGCCCACCCACCAAUGGCAAACUCUCUGACACCAACCAAAUCAACAAAGAGAUCCAGGUAGCAUUGAGGCACAAGUCAGAGAUUGAGCACCAUCGCAACAAGAUACGUCUCCGUGCAAAGAGGAAAGGCCACUACGACUUCCCUACCAUGGAUGAUGUGACGAGCGGCCUCGCAGAUGCGAAGGACCAGGACCGCAUCUAUCAGAAAGCACAGAUACAGAUCGAUAAGAUCCUUGAUCCAGAUGCCCAGAUGGCCUCCAUCUUCAUGGGAUCCAAAAAAAGUGGUCGAGGAAGGCGCUCUCCCAAACAGAGGAUGAAAGAGCAGCUGAAUGGAGGCAUGAUGGAAGCAGACAAAGACCACCUCAUCACUGAAGACAGUGAUGCUGCUUACAGAAAGUGUCCUGGAGUUAACAACGUGGCCUAUGUGUCUGACCCUGACCAAGGCCCAGGAUCCCCUCACAGGAGCCCGUCCCCCACCGAUGACGUCUUCCUGGGUCCCGCUUCCUCUCCUCCAGGCCAUGCCCAUCCCCCACCCCCCUACAUGCCCCCACAGCCCUCCAUUGAGGAGGCGCGGCAACAGAUGCACUCCCUGCUGGAUGAUGCCUUCGCCCUAGUGUCGCCCACCUCUCAGGGCAGCACAGCAGGGAUCACUCUCCCAGGGGUCAACACCAACCCCCCUGCCUCCAGCCCUCCAGGCCGUGGCCCCAGACCUUGGGUUCCCUCGUACCCGGCUCUUGGCCCUUUCCCUGGAAGGUUCACUGAGCUGGGCAUGCCCCCACCUUCUGUCCAAGGCCUGAUACCAAGGCAGGGCCUUGGCUCGAGCUACCUUCCACCAGGAGAAACAGCAGGGCAAUGUGAGCAGCUCCAGCCAGACAGCUUGUACUCCAGCAGGGGCCUGUACGCCGAUGAGCUCCCCUCAUCUGCCAGGCCGCGACCAGUAGGGGGCACUACAGGCGCCCAGCUCCACCAUCUUACACAGGUGGGAUUGUCCAGCCGGAUGAAUGGUUACCCAGCAGGGGUCAGGGCUGCUCCAGGCCACAACGGAGGCAUUGGCUGGAACCAUUACCAUGACGACAAUUUCUCCAGGACAGAGCCUGAAAAAGAUGCAUUCCUGGACUGUCCUGACUACUCGCCCUCCUCUAUCUUCCAGACACCCAGAGGCGGGAUCAGGGAGCCCUCGGCACCCCCUGUGCACCUCGACCACCCGGGAGUGGGCUAUCUGUCAGCCCCACCACCCCUGGAUACAUCUCCUCCCACCCACUCCUCUGCCUCCCUGAUCAAGGCCAUCAGGGAGGAGCUGCUGCGUCUCUCUCAGAAACAGGCAGCUGUACCCAGCUACCACAGCUGAAGCCCUGGCCUCCGGUCUGUAGCUCUAACCAGUCAUGCCACUGACCCUGCCUGCCUGCUUCGCCUCAUCUGACAAUACUUCCCAUGGAAGUCCCUGAGGGUGUACAGCAGAGAGA